UCCCGCUGGAAUGUACCAUGUGCUCACGAGACGGUCGUUUUGGUUUAAUUUGCGUUACAGUUACAGUUUUACAGUACGCUUUUAGCGUUUUUUGUGACGUUUCAUUAUCAUAGAUAAUUCGUGGUGUUUGUUAUAUAAGCGUCGCUGUCAUUAUCGAUCAUUAUUUUCCGCCCAAAUCGUCAGUGCGUCGCUCCUCAAACUAUCUCCUGAGGAGAACUGCGCAAAGCGACCAGACUUACCAUUUUUAUCUGCUAACAAUAACAUGGAUAUAUAAUUAUAUAUACUGAAAGUUAUUCCACACCUAUCUUGAGAUCGUAGAGUAAACAAUUUACCUCAAGAACCUUACUUAACUGCUUAUCAAAGCGGCGGCGGGAAAUCCAGUCAGACCUAGCCUAGCAACUCCAUAGCAACGCGCGCUCAAAAUCACUCUGUGAUUAUAAUGAAAAAUAUCUAGCUAAAUUACGCCCAGCAUGUUCAUUUUUCAAAACAUUGUCAAAUACGUCCUUUGUUAUUGUACGUUUUUAUACUUUAAUGGAGUAUAAAUCUUUUUUAUUAUUAUUAUUAUUAUUAGAAACCACUAUAAUAAAAUCUUUCAGGCUGUUGCAUUACAUAUGCGACUGCAAACAGAGAAAAGCUGCUGUGAAAAAUGCAUAGGGGCUGGCCUGUUGAGAUCUGACCUCACAUGAACUCUUGGAGCUCAAGCUGGACCUCAUCAAGUGCUUAGCAACCCUGAAAUACACUGAUGUUAUGACUGCUCCACUAAUAGAGACUAAACAGCUGGCGGGUGGAACGUUGCAGAUUUCUGAUUAUUUGGCGACGGGCCGCGAGAUGCCAAGAGACACGGCCAAGAAGCUCCAACAGAUGUCCCACAAAUACCACUUAAUAUUGAACCAUGACACCAUUCAUAAGCCUUUAAUCCACAUCUGUGACCACUGAAUACGAUGUCCGUGCAUGACUUUAUUUUGGGUCAAGAGUGUCAUGAGAGGGCAAAGCCAUCGUAUUUCACUCCCAGAAAUGUCCGUCCUCGUCUCUGGGCACAAUCAAGGUUAGUUAUCAGCGCUCAAAUGACAGGAACAACUGGUGAAACUCAGUAAGAGCUGCCCAGCCAAUGUUGUUUGACACACUGAUAUGUUUCCGACCGUGUGUUUAAGAUGUGUUUGUGACGCCACACGGCUCUGGGAAUGUCCUUCGUGUCUCUCGGCUUUAGUUAAAGAGCGUCUAGCUGAGAAGGAGAGCGAAAAUGGGUGGAAAGAAAUCCAAAAGCGCUGUAGACGACGACACAACGCAAUCAGGAAGAAAGAGCGCCGGUCCAGACGAAAACCUUCCGACGGUCGAACGCAUUCGCAAAUAUACAACAACACACUUCGGAUACAAAGUGCUCAGUCUGGCUCGGCGCGGCCUGACGGAUCCUCCGGACGAAUUAUGGGAGAUAACAGAGCUACAGAAGCUCAAUCUGUCACUCAAUGCAUUGCGAUCCGUUCCGGCGUCUUUGGGUUCGCUGCAGAACCUGGUGGUGCUCAAUCUUUGGGGAAACCAGCUCACUAGUCUGCCUCCUGAAAUCGGACGGCUGAGGAAUCUAAAGGUGCUUUUUGCAUACCGCAACCGACUAAGCGACGUUCCCGAAGAACUGGGUUUAUGCACCAAACUGGAAGUGUUGAGUCUGGCCAGUAACCAGUUAACUAGUCUCCCUGCGUCGCUUUCAUCCCUCGCCGGGCUAAAGAAGCUCAACCUGAGCCACAAUCUGAUCACUCACAUCCCCGGCUGCGUUUACACCAUGAAGAGCCUGGUGUUCCUGCAGCUGGCCUGUAAUAAACUGGAGAACAUCGCCGAUCAGAUCCAAGCGCUGGCCGACUUGAAGAUCCUCAUCGUUGAGGGAAACUGCAUUCACUCGCUUCCCAAGAUGCUUUGCCGUCUGACCAAGCUGGAGCUCCUCAAUGUGGAUUUCAAUGACAUCCAGAACAUACCGGCGGAGAUGCAUCGUCUGAGACGCCUGGAGAAACUCGCCUGCCAUCCGCUGGAUAAAGGUCUGCACAUCAGACACAAUCCUCUGCUGAAACCCAUCAAAGAGGUUCUGGACGGAGGUCUGCAGGCGCUCUACAACUAUCUGAAGGCCACGUGAAGCACUUAUAAAUCACCCGAAGGCUUGUUUACCGUCUCUGAGAGAUGCAGCUUUGAUACUGAACUUCUCAAGGUCUCUCUGAGGAUAUAAAACUGUAUUAUUUUUAUUCCGAGUGCUAUCUGAGUUCAUACGCCUGCAGGUUUUAGAUCCACAAAGGCUUGAGUAUAAAUUCAGAAUAUACUAAAAACCAUUCAAAUGUGAAAAACUGCUAAAAACCUUUUGUUUUUAGUACAUUUUAGUUAUUUAGCCAACUCUUUUAUCCAUAGCGACCCAGAUGUUUAUUUCUCAGUGGCUGUGUUAU